AUGAAAGUUGAAAGAUUGAAGACCAACACUAGAAAAAAGAAAUUUUGUUCUUUCUAUCUAUCUAUCUAUCUAUCUAUCUAUCUAUCUAUCCCAGUCUCUUCAUUAUCUAUCUAUAGACCUAUCGAUCUAUCUACCCCAGUCGUAAUCUAUCUAUCUAUCUAUCUAUCUAUCUAUCUAUCUAUCUAUCUAUCUAUCCCAGUCACUUCAUUAUCUAUCUAUAGACCUAUCCAUCUAUCUACCCCAGUCGUAAUCUAUCUAUCUAUCUAUCUAUCUAUCUAUCUAUCUAUCUAUCUAUCUAUCUAUCUAUCUAUCUAUCCCAUCGUAAUCUAUCUAUCUAUCUAUCUAUCUAUCUAUCUAUCUAUCUAUCUAUCUAUCCCAGUCAUCUAUCUAUCUAUAGACCUAUCGAUCUAUCUAUCCCAGUAUCAUCAUCUAUUAUCUAUCUAUAUCUAUCCUAUCCCAGAUCAUUAUCUAUCUAUAGACCUAUCCAUCUAUCUACCCCCAGUCGUAAUCUAUCUAUCUAUCUAUCUCUAUCUAUCUAUCUAUCUAUCUAUCAUCUAUCUAUCCCAACCUAUCCAUCUAUCUAUCUAUCUAUCUAUCCCAGUCACUUCAUUAUCUAUCUAUAGACCUAUCGAUCUAUCUACCCCAGUCGUAAUCUAUCUAUCUAUCUAUCUAUCUAUCUAUCUAUCUAUCUAUUCAUCUAUUCAUCACUAUUAUUCAUCUAUCCUAUAUCCCCUGAGUCUCGUAAUCUAUCUAUCUAUCUAUCUCAUAUCUAUCUAA